AUGCGGGUUAACGCCAUAUUACAGGAGAAAGCGGAGUCCCUCGCCAACCAACUCCGGACCGAGUACCCCUCUCAGUUGUUCGUAACGGCAAGGGCCGAUUUCUCUCGUCGCGACUCCACCAGGGCACUCGUGCCAAACAUUCUACAGCGGGAAGAUGUCGCCGAGAAGCACAAGACGAUAUCGAUCCUCGUCGCGAAUGCUGGCCUAGCGCGUCGUAUCCGAGACAUCAACGACAUUGACGAAGCAGCCUGGGACGAUGUGAUUGAAGUGAACUCUCGGAGCCAGUUCGUGAUUGUCAAAGCUUGUUUGACCGGGAUGAGGGGCCAAGGAUGGGGCAGAGUGAUUCUGAUCGGCAGCAUCUCGAGCCGUGGGGGCGGCAUAAACGGUUGUCAUUAUGCUGCAUCCAAAGGCGCUCUAAGCUCAAUGGGCCUGAACCUAGCCACGCUGCUAGCUCCCGAAGGCAUCACGGUUAACACGGUGCUACCUGCAAUGAUUGGAAAUACCGGCAUGAUUCCGACACCGAAGUCGAAGUAUGCGUUCGGUAUCCCCCCGUGUGUAGACUUGACGCAGGCUGAUCCUGGAUCUAGGACGUGGUCGGGUAAUAGCGAAGAGCUCGAAGAUCUCAAGGCAGCGGACCUCGGACUCGCCAUCGCCGCCAAGAUACCUAUGCAUCGGUUAGGAGAACCAGAAGAGGUCUCUAAUGUUGUCUCCAUGCUGGCAAAGACGGGAUACAUGACUGGGCAGGAGAUUAUAUUAGCGGGAGGCUUGAAAUAA